AUGGUAACCCAGAAGAUCUUGAGCUUUACGGCUUUCCUAGCGCUCUGCUCUAAAGGUCUCGCAGUGUCAAACUCAACUGCAAAAUGCAUUCCAUCCGACCCCUGCUGGCCUUCACCGACAACAUGGAGGUCUCUGAAUGAGACACUCACAGGCCGCGUUCUACCCACCACACUUCCCAGUUCUGUCUGUCCCGAAGGAGGGCCGGGAAGCGAAACCUGGAUCGUCAACGCAACGAACGCAAACGACGUGCAAGCCGCCCUCAACUUCGCCAGCGAACACAAUCUCAAGAUCAAUGUCAACAACACCGGCCAUGCUGGUUUCGGACGCAGUUCAACCUGCGGUGCUCUGUUCAUCGGAACAGGUGAAAUGAAAGGCGUCGACUUCCACGAGUCGUACACACCUCAAUCUUGUUCAGCGAACCACUCCCACAUGGCCGCCACACUAGGCGCCGGUCAACAAGACGACGAAACAUUCCAAGCCCUAGCCAAAUACAAUGCUGUAACCGUUGGUGGCACCUUCGACACCGUAGGUAUCGUCGGUUGGGCGACAGGCGGUGGACAUGGUUGGCUCACAAGCAGCUACGGCAUGGGCGCUGACAACAUCUUCGAAUUCGAGAUCGUAACGCCCGCUGGCGAUAUCUUGGUCGCAAAUGAAUGCCAAAACAGUGACAUCUUCUGGGCUACCCGCGGCGGCGGUGGCGGCACAUUCGGCGUCAUAACACAGAUAACGAUGAAGGCAUACCCUAUGCCGCGAACGGCCGUCUGGCUCUGGAAUAUCCAAGGCAGGAAUAACACUGACGCGAAAGAAUGGUGGAGACUAGUUGCCUCGCUUCACGCCAACAUGCCAGCAGUGAAUGAAGCAGGUUUCCAAGGUUACUACACCAUUGCUGGUGCUAAAAACGGUCCUCUAGCCAUGGGUGGGUACUUCAUGGCGUACGACAAGUCGAACUCGAGUUUGACGACCGCUAUGGAGAACUUCCUCGCCCCAGCACGCGAAUCCAGUAAUCUCGUCUCUUCCACAAUGUCCAAUCUGACCACGUACUCUCGCUGGAUAGACGCCUACAAUGGUCUCCCAAAGCAAACCCGCGACACCUCCUCCGGACCCGGUGGCGUGAUAUCCACAACCCGCCUUCUGACUGCGGACUCGCUGACUCAAGACAUCGAGGCUAGUGUCCGUAUGUUCGAGACUAUUGGACCCCAGGCAGCGGACUAUGAGAAAGGCAUGUCCAGCCAUAUCCUCGCUGGCGCUCUCAUCGCUUCCCCAAAGCCAGUAGAUAGCGCGUUGAACCCAGCAUGGCGCAAAGCAACCGUUCACAUGAUCGUAAAAUCUGCGUGGGAUACUGCUCUUCCCAAGAUUACCGUACGCGAGUUCCAGGAAUCGUCAACGAACAGAACAGGCAGAGCUAUGAGGGGCCUUUCACCAGACUCUGGGUGCUAUGUCAAUGAGGUCGACAAGUACGAGCCCAAUUUCCAAGAAGCCAUGUACGGACCCAAUUACCCGCGUCUACGCGCCAUCAAGGCGAAGCAUGAUCCAGAGAAUUUGUUGUGGUGUAGACGAUGCAUCGGGAGUGAAGAGUGGAAGUAUGAUGAGCGGGAUGGGCGGCUCGAGAAAAGGGCUACUGAGGAUGUUUGGCCGAAUUUUGCUUACGGAUUCUAA